AUGGCCUCAGUAACAAAAGGAAAGAUUCUUGCGGUCAUUGGAGAUGAGGACACUGUCGUAGGAUUCCUUCUCGGUGGCGUUGGAGAGCUCAACAAGGCAAGGAAGCCGAAUUACUUAAUCGUGGACAAACAGACUGGAGUACAAGAAAUUGAAGAAGCUUUCAAGACUUUCUGUUCUCGUGAAGAUAUUGCUAUAAUUCUUAUUAAUCAGCACAUUGCGGAAAUGAUACGAUAUGUUGUUGAUCAGCACACCGCAUCUAUUCCAGCUGUGUUAGAAAUUCCUAGCAAAGAAGCUCCUUAUGACCCAAGCAAGGAUAGUAUCCUCAACAGAGCUCGUGGUAUGUUCAACCCAGACGACUUUCGUUAA